GGUGCGAGAAAGAAGGCACCCAUUGUUGCAAGCUCCACGGUGGCUGGAGUGGUGUUGCUCGUGUGUUAGCAGCGGCGGUAAUAAUGGUGUUGCGGCGGGGGUGUGGGAGUAGGCAGUGCGUGGCCGGUGACGAGGACCACAGCAAGGGCUCGGGAGCAAGCAGCACGUGGCCAUUGCCGCCACCAAUAGCAGCAGCACCACCACCAUCAACGGCGGACAGGGAGUUCUCAUGGGAGCGGGAGGGCAGGAUGGGGGAAGCUAGUGUUCUGUGGCGGCGGGGUGACGACGGUGAGGUAUAGCCUGGAGGAGCUGCUGCGGGCGUCGCCGGAGACGCUGGGGAGGAGAAGCCGGGAGCAUGGGGUUCCCCGCAGUGGCUGCCAUGGGUGGGGAUGAGAGCCACAUCGUUGGGUGGGAGGGCCGGAUCGACUGGAUUGGAGGCCGGAUCGACGGACUGCAUGUUGGAUCGACCGGAUUGGAUGCCUGAGUAUUCGGUGGAGAGGAUUUGGAUCGGGGGAGAGAGGAUGCGGUGGAGAGAAGAAGAGUUUGGGGAUGGAUUGGAUGGUCUUGGCUGGGCUGAAAUCGUGACGGGAGGCUAAACGCAAAACUGACAUCCAAACGUAUAGUCUUUUCCGGACAAAUGAUGGAGCCAAACGCACGCUCUUUCGCGGACAGAGAGAGUAUGUAAGUUCAUCGAGGCGGGAUCAGUGCAUCUAAGAGAUGGUAGUUUCAGCAUCAGGUGCGAUAUCACCAUCAUCAAAGAUAUCGGCAGCGCAGGAACAAUGGAUAAGGAGUUUGUAGUGGUUCCUAGGAUCAACUUGCAUCGGUGUCUCGGCGAUCUACUGAAGAACAUGGAUGGAGCAGAUGUGACCUUUCAUGUCGGUGGGGAGAAGAUCUCAGCUCAUACAUCUGUGCUCGCUGCUCGCUCGUCCGUCUUCAAAGCGGAGCUCUUUGGUGCCAUGAAGGAGAAUCUUGGCGAUCCUAUUGGAAUCGAUGACAUGGAAGCUGACGUGUUCAAGUCCUUGCUCUACUUCAUAUACACUGAUUCAGUUCCGGUGCUUGAUAUGACUAGCAACGAAGGUGAAGCUCAUGGAGAUGUGGCAAUGGCUAGCCAUCUACUUGUUGCAGCAGACAGGUACAACAUAAAGAGGCUGAACCUGAUAUGCGAGGAAAAGCUGUGCAACCACAUUGACACCAACAUGGUGGCAACCAGUUUGGCUCUAUCUGAGCAGCAUGGCUGCAAGGGACUCAAAGAAGCUUGCUUCGAGUUUCUUGCCUCUCCUUCCAAAUUGAAGGCAAUGAAGGCAAGCGAUGGUUACGAGAAAAAAAGUUGUCCAUCUGUUCUCAAGGAACUCAUCACUAGACUCUUGCCUGAUGAGUUCGAAACGUUGAAGGAUAUUAUCAUGGAAAUUUAG